GCUAGUGGUGGACAGCUAGUGCAAUCGACGUUUUGACAGCUCUACAGCCCAGCUGCUACUUUUUUUAUUCGGGCGUAAUUAGAAAGCAGUAAUUAAACUUAAUUUGCACGUCCUAACCACAACAACAACGCAGCACACCCGCACACCGUGACGCGAGCGCCUUUGCAGAUUCUCACCGGACAGGCCGCGCGAGCGAAAGAGCGAAAGUCGGGGCAGAGAAGCGUUUUGAAACUACGUCGCCAUUUUUGACACGGCUCCGAAACGUCGAAAACACAAACACAAACACACCCAGAAGUGCUGAACUGAGAGAGAGAAAAUCAUCGGGAACUGUGGUUACGUCUAGGAAUAUUCGACAGCACGGCACGCAUAUGGGAUAUACAUUUGUUAUAAGCGUAAUUAUUAGUGCACAAUAAAACGGAACGGACCGGAUCGCAGCGGAAGCCACUGAUUCGCAAGGCACACCACACGAAGGAGGCGACGACGUGUCCACCACACCAUUAGCGUAACCCUUGUCAUCGCGGGAUUUGUGACGAACAACUGUGAUCUCUCCCAUCAACCCGUCGACAUGGCCAAGACAUACGACUAUCUGUUCAAGCUGCUGCUGAUCGGCGACUCUGGCGUGGGCAAGACCUGCAUCCUGUUCCGCUUCUCGGAGGACGCCUUCAACACGACGUUUAUAUCCACAAUAGGUAUCGAUUUUAAAAUUAGAACAAUUGAAUUAGAUAACAAGAAAAUAAAGCUGCAAAUAUGGGACACUGCCGGACAGGAGCGUUUUCGCACAAUCACAACGGCGUAUUACAGAGGCGCCAUGGGCAUCAUGCUGGUCUAUGACAUAACCCAGGAGAAGUCCUUUGAGAACAUCAAGAACUGGAUCAGGAAUAUUGAAGAGAACGCCUCCGCCGAUGUCGAGAAAAUGCUGCUGGGCAACAAGUGCGAAUUGCACGAUAAGCGACAGGUUUCAAAAGAGCGCGGCGAACAGUUGGCUAUCGAGUACGGCAUCAAGUUCAUGGAAACCUCAGCGAAAGCCAGCAUCAACGUGGAAGAAGCCUUCCUCACCCUCGCCAGCGAUAUCAAAGCGAAAACGGAAAAGCGCAUGGAGGCGAACAACCCGCCCAAGGGGGGUCAUCAACUGAAACCGAUGGACAGUCGGACGAAGGACAGUUGGUUGUCCAGGUGCAGUAUGCUUUGACGUGGCAACAAUGUGCGCUCGGCACUGAUGCGGCAUGGUGGUAACAAUUACGAUAGUGUAUGUGGUAGUAGUUUUCUUAACUCCUGUUAGGUUUGAGUGUGCAACAGCCGAGAGAAACCUAAAACAUCAGCAGCAGCCAGCUCUAACCCUUCCCCUCUUACCCUACCUAUCCCUAAAGAAACACGCCCGAAAAUGGAAUAGAACACGAAUUGCAUUAUGAAACAGUUAUUAAAUAAAGUAUAUGACGACCGUGUACGAAAUAUAUAGUAUAGUAUAUAGUAUAUAUACGCGUAUAUAGCUCGAGUUGAAAGCGGAUCCAGCAGCCAAUUCAAUCCAAACCAACCCGCCCGCGUCCUCCUUCUCGAAAGAGGGUUUUAGUAUUUACGGAAUUACGAUGAUUUUUCUCUAGCAGCCAUGGUUGUUUUCUCGAUUUGUAAAUUAUUAAUUGUAAAACAAACAAAAUAUAUAUGUAUGUACUGUGUAUGCAUAUUAUUAGUGCUCGCCCAGUCCCCAGUCCUUGUCCUUGUCCUUGUUUUGCUCAGCAGCGCCCUUUGCCAUUAUGUUAGGGAUACGGAUUCGGGAUACGGAGGAUAUGUCCAGACGCACAAUUGCCCAGAUUGUAGUCCCUCCCACCCAAUUCCACCCUCUCUCAUCUGUUUUCUGUUUAAUCUUCACACACAUUUCAUUUGGCUAGUUUGUACUGUAUUUAUUUUCGUUUAUUUUUGCAACACACACACAACCGCAAGUUCUGAUAAAUAACAUACAACAAAAUAAAAGAAUAAUCUAUGGAGCUAAUCGAUCGACCUUGACAGCAAUAAAAACAUUUAUGAAAAAAUAAAAACAUACAUACAUAGCGCAGUAAAAAGUAAAUAAUGUGAAAUUAAAUGAUAACUAAAUGCAUAUUUGAUAUUAAUUAAUUACUUGUAAUAUUAAUGAUUAAACGUAUACAAUUUUAUAAAAAUAAAUCUUGUGCAAAACCAAA